AUGGCUUUGUUUAACGCGUCUGAGACCACAUCAGUCCCGAAUCUCGGAGGUGAUAACUUUCCAAGCAGAUUGAUUCAAGAUGUUAUUAACACCAUCAUCGCCUGUCUGGCUGUGCUCGGCAAUGCCAUGGUCAUCACCGUUAUGCUGCUCAGACGUCGAGCGUUUAGCUCCUUCACGAAUCGUCUGCUCCUGCACCAGUCCGUCAUAGAUGCACUAAACGGGCUGAUGUUCUUUCUCUUCACUGUGGUCCCGGAGUUUCCCUUUAUGGUCUCUCUGGAAGGUAACGCGUACGACCAGCUGGCUUGCCGCGUCGUGUACUCGGGAGUCCUGCAUUGGUCUCUCAACGUGACCUCUACCUACAACCUCGUCAUCAUCUCGUUGGAGCGAUUCAUGGCGACUUGCUACCCAGUGAAGCAUCGUAACACCUGGUCCAAGUCUAAGCUGAAGUUAGCCCUGGCCACCUCCUGGGCCGUCGGAUUCCUGUACGGCUCCCACAUGCUCUUCGUCUUUGAACCACGUCAGGGAGAGUGCCAGGCAAUCCGAAUGGGGUUAGGCCUUCGGGUCUUGCUCUGGGUGGUGGUGGUGGUGGGGACGGAGUACUUGGUACCCCUAGCGAUCCUGAUCUACACUUACACUCGUAUACUGAUCGCCCUGACCCGAAAAGUCGGCAAUCCAGCUGGUGGUCAACUGAACUCACUAAGCAAAGCGAAGAAGAACGUGUUGGUGACAGUGCUGCUUGCUGGUAUCAUGUUCGUUGUCUGCUGGACGCCGGCCGAAAUCUACUACAUCGACGUUCUCUUCUUCGAUGACAGCUUUGGUGAUGGCGUGUACGUGGCUCUGACCGGUGUCCUGGCCUGCAACAUGUUCAUCAAUCCCAUCAUCUACUGCUUCAAGUAA